AGGACCCAGAGAUGUCGAAGAAAUGCGAAAGGUAUGGAGAAAAGGCCAAGGCUGAAGCAAAGAAUGGCGGUGAGUGGGUGGACGGAGGAUUUCGGAGCUCCGGUGAUGUCAGCUUGUCAGCAGCUCGGGUGGACCCGGACGUGGCAGAGAAAUACGAGAGAUAUGUAAAAAAGGCAAAGGAAGAAGCAAAGAAUGGCAACCUCCUGAAGUCAAUAGAAUAUUUUCGAAGGGCAGACAGCAUACAUCCCAGUGAAAAGAUAAAAGGUCGAAUAGCAAAGCUUGAAGAGGCUCAACAAGUUAAACUCCAAAAUGAGCAAGAUGAUGAAUUUGUGGAUGUCAUGGGCAGCGGUUUCACGCUUUAUAAAGAGCUGUACGAUAAACUGUUUGAACACCAGAAAGAAGGUGUAGCCUUUUUAUACAGUCUGUAUAGAGAUGGAAGAAAAGGAGGUAUAUUGGCAGAUGAUAUGGGCCUUGGAAAGACUAUUCAAGUUAUUGCUUUCUUAUCUGGGAUGUUUGAUAGUGAAUUAGCCCGCACCGUUCUUUUGAUUAUGCCAACAACACUAAUUAGUAACUGGGUAAAGGAGUUUGAAAAGUGGACCCCAGGCAUGAGGGUGACUGAAUUCCAUGGAGUGAGUAAGAAAGAACGGGCCAGAAACCUAGAAAAGAUCCAGAGGAAAGGCGGUGUUAUCAUUACUACAUAUCAAAUGCUGAUAAAUAACUGGCAACAACUGGCUACCUACAAUGAAAGAGAGUUUGUCUGGGAUUACAUUAUUUUAGAUGAGGCUCACAAAAUUAAGAGCUCCUCAACAAAGACUUCCAAGUCUUGUGCUGCACUGCUUGCUAAAAAUCGCGUUCUUCUCACUGGCACGCCCGUCCAAAACAAUUUAAGAGAACUGUGGGCUUUGUUUGACUUUGCUUGCCAAGGGACAUUGCUUGGGACUGCAAAAACGUUCAAAAUGGAGUAUGAAAAUCCAAUAACUAGGGCCAGAGAGAGAGAUGCUACUCCAGGCGAAAAAGCUCUUGGUCUAAAAAUUUCUGAAAACCUCAUGAACAUUAUCCGACCUUAUUUUAUGAGAAGAACAAAAAGCGAUGUUCAGAACAAAAAAGAUUCAAACCAGCACUUAGUCUCUCAGUCAGAUAUUAAAGUGGCUGAAAUGCCUUCUCUUACCCGGAAAAACGACUUAAUAAUAUGGGUGUAUCUAUCGGCAAUUCAGGAAGAGGUCUAUAGAAAGUUUCUCUCUCUGGACCAAAUUAAGGAAUUGCUGAUGACUACAAGGUCGCCUCUGGCAGAGCUGACUAUUCUAAAAAAAUUGUGCGACCACCCGAGACUUUUGUCGUCCAGAGCAUGUAUUCAGCUUGGACUCGAAGGAGAUGAGGUGUCGGAAGAAGAGCUCGGGGCAGUUACCAAGUUUGAUCAUCUUUCUGAUGAAUCUCUAAUUGAAGAGUCUGGAAAACUUCUUCUUCUUAUUGAGCUCCUUCAUAAACUCAAGGACGAAGGCCACCGAACUCUUGUCUUCUCCCAGUCGAGAAAAAUGCUCGACAUGGUUGAUCGUAUUUUGACAAAUAGAGGAUUUAAGAUUAUGCGCAUCGAUGGUACAGUUUCCCUUUUAGACCGGGAGAAAAGGAUCAGCUUGUUUCAAAGACAUAGAGAAUACUCUGUACUAUUGUUAACCACCCAAGUUGGCGGGGUUGGAUUAACUUUGACCGCAGCCGACCGUGUUGUGAUAUUUGACCCAAGCUGGAAUCCAGCUACUGAUGCUCAGGCUGUCGAUAGAGCUUAUCGAAUAGGACAGCAAGCUAACGUGGUCAUUUACAGGCUCAUCACAUGUGGGACGGUGGAAGAAAAAAUAUACAGGCGGCAGAUCUUUAAAGAUUCCUUAAUCAGGCAAACGACAGGUGACAAAAAGAAUCCGUUCCGCUAUUUCUCAAAGCAGGACUUAAAGGAGCUGUUUACUUUAGAAGAUACCCGUACAUCUACAACCCAGAUCCAGCUCCAAAAUAUGCACUCCUCUCAAAGGAAAACGGACAGCGGUCUAGAUGAACACAUAGCUUACUUGCAUACGUUGCCCAUUUUUGGCAUUUCGGACCAUGACCUCAUCUAUGCGCAUGAAAGUUCCAACCACGAGGAUGAUGAAUGUGAAAAUGAGCACGAAGUACAUUACAUUAAAGAGAGAGUGCAGAAAGCUCACGAUCUUGUACAAAUGGAAUCUCAGAUGAAUGAGCAACUAAUGGAACAGAUAAGGAAGGGAACUGAAGGGGCUUGGCUGCGACAGGUGGCUCCUCCAGAAAAACCCAAACCGAGAAGUCUUCCUAGUUCAAAACCAGUAACCUCCCCUGUCAUUGUGGAUCUGACACAACAAGAAAUGGCUGACAUCAGCUGUCAUAUGGACAGUUUGGUAAUUGAAGAUCCAGAAAAUCAUUCCCUCGCUUCAAUCAAAAGGGAAUUUCCGGAUCAAUUAAAUGGUCAAGGAAUUCAUCUAGUAAGUGAUGAUUAUGGAGAGGAAAACUCGCAUUCCCUUUCGUUUAAAAACAAAGGGACAAAUGAUGUAGACUGUCAGAUGGCCAGCUUGAUCAUUGAAGAUUCAGAUGGAGAAGAAAACCUGCCUCCGGCUCCAUUCAAAUGUGAACCCCCAAGUGAGAUAUGCAUUCAAAAAAAUAGUUUUAUAACUGAAGAUGAUGCAGAAGAAAAGGACCGCAUGCCUUCUGUUUUAUAUCAAAGCGAUUCGCCUACACAGGAUGCCAAUAGUGAUGUGUCACAUGAACAUCAUAAUACUGGAGAUGCUGCUUCAAAACUUUCUCUAGUAGGAAAAUUCUCUCCAUUGGCUUCUCCAGUUUCUUACCCGUUGGAAAGUUUUGCCAGCAAAACAGUGAAAUUGGAUCAGUUUGGCAUGGGACCUGGAAACAUGAGUGUGAAAGAGUCCAGCUUGCGAUCACAGUUACAAUGCGAUUUCAAUUUAGUACUAGAAGAUUCAGCGGAUAAAGAAGGGCAUGGUGUUAGCAUGGGUGAGAUGGAAAUUGUGAUGGAGACCUCGGUGGCCCAAGAGAACGGCCCCAUACUUGUGUUAGACGAUUCCCUACAGAACAUGAGUCAGGAAUGCGACAACUUGAGUCAUUCUUCAGGUGACGAAAUGGAAAAAAGUGACGCUGAAAACAUGAGUGAAGCAAUAGUGAAUUCACUGCCCAGACUUGGAAACAGUCCUGAUCUGGGCCAGAGUCCUAAAGAUGACAUGAAUGGUACAAAUUCAUACCGAGAGGUUCAGGCAAAUGGUAUGGAUACUGAAGAUGAGGAAAUAUUUCACACUGGUCGCCGGAAAGCUGCAAGAAGGAUCUGCUCUGAAAGCGAGUCCGAAAUCUCUGUGUUCCUUGCUGGUGAAAAUGAGAGAAUGUAUUCACCUUUCAGUAGCCCCUCGGCUAAAGGUUUAAGUGCUUCAACACCUAAGAUAGACAAAUCUAUGUCUGGCAAACUGUUCCCUCAGUCCAGUACACCUUCGAGGCGCAGAUCUAUUGCUUCUAGGAGGUCCCUUGUUCAUGUUGCUGUAGAGGAAGCAAUAGAUGUAGAAGAAAGUAUUGUAGAUGUCAAUGAAGAAAGCAGUGAGGAGGAGGAGGAGAAGGAUGAAGAGGAUGACAUUCUUAAAGAUGAAGCUGAAGAAGCAAAAGAAGAACUUGAAAUGACAGAAGAAGAACCUGCAGGAGACACUCUACCUGAAGAGGAGAGUGUACUGACAUCAGAAGAAUAUGAAUCCGAUAGCUUUGUUGUAAAAACCUCUUCCAUUGAAGAAGAAUCUGCAGAUGAGUCUACUGGUGAGGUGGAGCUACUUACCGAUGAACAAGUUGACUGCCUGACUCAAGAUGCAGAAGGGAUUCACCAAAAGGUCCCAUGCAUUGAAGACCGUUACGCCACCCUGGUGCAACGUGGCAAACUACUUAAAGAUAGCGGCAAUGUGAAGGAAGCACUAGACUGUUUUUUAAAAGCACUUGACAUUAGAUCGGGGGACCCUGAAGUUAUGAUGAUUACUUUGGGUCUGUAUAGACAGCUGUCUUAA